AGUAUUUCUCGCCCCUUUUGUUAGGACAGUUCGCUUCUCUUAGCGGGCAGGAGAAUUCGAGGUGGUCGAUCGAGGUCGCCCCGAUAAUCGCGAACGCGUGGGCGCGACGUGCAUUUCGGACGGAAGAAUCUCGGAAAUUUUCGGACUCUCGUCUCCCCUUUCCUUUCUUCUCCGGUGAGUCUAUUUUCACGAGAAACAUUCGUGAGUCGCGCGCGAUUUUUUCCUUCUCUUUCCGGCCAGCCGGUUGUUCAUUCGGCGAUCAUCAUGAGGGAAAUAGAAUUCACCGGCGGUGCCGAGAAUUAGACUCGUCGAAAAAGUGGUCGAUGCGUAAAAACGCAUUCGCGCGCAUGCAAAAGUCGUGAUAUUCUUACAUACACGUGUCGAAAAAAAAGAAAUUACAUGCCGACGAACUUACGCAAACGGAAAGACGAAACCAAGAAGAGACAGAGAGUGAGAGAAUAUCGAGGAACAGGCUGCCAGACGGACUAAGGGCACGUCAAUGCGCACGCAAUACUGCGUAAAAUUUGGAACACAUAUCAAAAUGGGAACGACGAACGCACAAACCAAUUCGGGGCACACACACGACGAGACUUACUCGAGAGGAAGUUCGAUCGACACAUUUUUCGCCGAAACGGUGAUCCUUGUAACUGGUGCUACUGGUUUCUUAGGGAAAGCCCUCCUGGAAAAGUUACUGCGCUCGUGUCCUCGUGUGGCCACAAUUUUCGUUCUAAUCCGUCCAAAAAGAAACCAGUCUAUCGAAGAACGCUUCAGGGAACUACUGGAAAAUCCUGUUUUUGAUAGGAUACGAUCGGAAUUUCCCGGCGCCUUAAAUAAGAUCUUUCCUGUGAAGGGCGAUGUGGGCAUGCCGGAGCUGGGACUACAGCCCGAAGACAAGGAUAUGUUAAUACAACGAGUUAACAUUGUUUUUCAUAGCGCGGCCACUGUACGUUUUAAUGAGCCAUUGAAAGUAGCCGUUAAUCUAAACACAAGGGGCACAGAUCGUAUGAUAGACUUGUGCAGGCGUAUGACAAACCUUAUUAGCGUCAUUCACGUUAGCACGGCCUACAGUAACGCCGAUCGACGAGAAAUUGAGGAAUCGAUAUAUACCACAGAGAUAAAACCGUACACAGUAAUCGAUAUAUGCGAAAAUUUAGACGAUGAGACGAUAGGAAUAAUAGAGAAAAGGCUGAUCGGUAAUCAUCCAAAUACCUACACAUUGACCAAAGGUCUAGCAGAACAAAUUGUGUUGUCCAAGGGAAGCGGUCUACCGAUCGCGAUCGUAAGACCGAGUAUAGUCUGCGCUGCGUAUCAAGAACCAUUUCCAGGCUGGGUAGAUAAUGUUUGCGGUAUUACAGGUAUAAUGACAGAAAUAGGUAGAGGUACUAUUAGAAGCAUCGUAUGUAACGCGAAUUUAAUAGUAGAUGUUGUACCUGUCGACUUUGUUGUCGAUACCUUAAUAUGCGCUUCUUGGUAUAACGCUAUGCAACGUACCGAUACGAUAAGGAUUUACAAUUGCACCAGCAGCGCACUGCAUCCGAUCACAUGGCGCGAAUUUGGACAUCUUACGAGAAAGCACGCCAUAGAGUCCCCGUCGAAAUAUGUGAUGUGGUAUCCAGAUUUUACGUUUAGGACAAACAAAUUUAUUCACGCUAUCAUGGUAGCUAUGCUGCACUUUUUACCUGCGUUUAUCGUAGAUCUUAUAUUAAAGGUCCGAGGUUACAAACCUAUAAUGAUGAAAAUUACCAAACGCUUCGAGCGCGCUGCUAAAACCGGAGAGUUCUUCGCGAUAAACGAGUGGAAAUUCUGUGCUGAUAACAUGACGAAACUAGUGAAAUUCGUAAAAGCGUCGGGGCAUUGUAACGACUUCAAUGUAGAUAUCAAAAGCUUGGAUUGGGACACAUAUUUACAUCAAUACAUGUUAGGAAUUAGAAAAUAUAUUUUAAAAGACAAUCCAGAUACUUUAAAUAAUGCCCGUAGUCGUUUAUGGAGAUUGUACUGGAUGCAUAAAUUAACCAAAAUAUUCAGUAUAUUCGUGUUAUUAGGAAUGAUCAAAUGCGCCAGUCGGUGAUACCAUCAAGAAACUAUACUAUACUAUAGAAAACUAAUACUAUAGAAAACUUUUGAAUCGUAAUUCGUGCGAUUUUAGAAACGCUGCAAAAACAUUACGGAAAGAAAUAUUUUAGGAAAGGGAUAUAUAACUUCGAAAUACUAAACUGUUGUUAAGUACUAAUAUACUAAUUAAAUCAGAUAUUAAUGAGAAAGAGAGAGGGGGGAGAGAGUAAUUUAUAAAAUAUAAUUUUGAAAAAUGUGAAUGCAAGAUUACUGUAAAUACUAAAACUUUUGUUUAAAACACUUUCUCACAUAUCUGUUACAUUUUCCACGGUAAUUACUAAGUUAGCUUCGUAGAGCUAUAUGAUCUAAUCGACCUAAUCUACGAUUGGCACAUACAAACAAAAUGUGUUUCUUAUUUUGAACUAUUCUAUCAAGAUAUACAGGGUGUCCCAAAGC